AUGAUUUUGGAAUGGCUAUGGAAUUUAGCUGGUCUUGGUUCAUUUCUUCCGUUCCCACUGCAAUUCUGCAAAACUCUGCAGUGCGGUGUGCUCUUUGAGACACUAUCGUCUCUCAGUUUCCAGAGGGCCUUCUGCUCGAAGAUGGGAGGUGGUGCAGUUCCAAGCCUUUCAAAUGGCAAUCUUGCUGGACAGCCAGAUCCACAGAGGACCUACCAGGUUGUCGUAGCUGCAACUAAGGAUUGGGGUAUUGGCAAAGACGGGAAAUUGCCUUGGAAACUGCCUUCUGAUCUCAGGUUCUUCAAAGACAUUACCUUGAAUACAUCUGAUGCUGGGAAAAAGAAUGCAGUCAUAAUGGGUAGGAAAACAUGGGAAAGCAUCCCGCUUCAGCACCGCCCUCUGCCUGGACGUCUUAACGUUGUACUCACUCGUUCUGGGAGCUUUAAUAUUGCAACUGCUGAGAAUGUUGUGAUAUGCGGAAGCAUGAAUUCUGCAUUGGAAUUAUUGGCUGCAUCACCUUAUUGUCUCUCUAUUGAGAAGGUCUUUGUCAUUGGAGGUGGCGAAAUAUUAAGGGAAUCUCUUAAUGCCUCAAAGUGUGAUGCUAUUCACUUAACAGAAAUUCACACCAGCUUUGAAUGUGAUACUUUCAUUCCUGCCAUUGAUUACUCGGUAUUUCAGCCUUGGUAUUCAUCUCCUCCUGUUGUGGAAAAUGGCAUACGGUAUUGUUUUACAACUUAUGCUCGAGUGAGGAGUUCAGUCGUUGACUCCCAGAGUGGAUCUGAUGCUCAAGUAUCUAGUAACGGUGUGGAAAACAGUAAGUUUGAGAUAAAGAAGUUCUCGUUCCUCCCUAAAACUGUAAUUGAGAAGCAUGAGGAGUUCUUGUAUUUGAGAUUGGUCCAGGACAUCUUAUCAACUGGCAAUUCAAAGGAUGACAGGACGCAAACUGGUACUUUAUCUAAAUUUGGCUGCCAGAUGCGGUUCAAUCUUCGUAAAUCCUUUCCACUUCUGACAACAAAGAAAGUGUUCUGGAGAGGUGUUCUUGAAGAACUUCUUUGGUUCAUUAGUGGAUCAACCAGUGCCAAGGCGCUUCAGGACAAAGGAAUUCAUAUAUGGGAUGGCAAUGCAUCAAGGGAUUACCUUGAUAGAAUUGGAUUGAAGGAUAGAGAGGAAGGUGAUUUGGGCCCCGUAUAUGGGUUCCAAUGGAGGCACUUUGGUGCGAGGUAUACUAACAUGCAUGCGGACUACACUGGCCAAGGUUUUGAUCAGCUGUCCGAUGUUAUUGAUAAGAUCAAGAACAACCCAGAUGACCGUCGUAUUAUACUCUCAGCUUGGAAUCCUGCUGAUCUCAAACUUAUGGCUCUUCCUCCUUGCCAUAUGUUUGCUCAGUUUUAUGUGGCAAAUGGGGAGCUGUCAUGCCAAAUGUAUCAGCGUUCUGCUGACAUGGGCCUUGGUGUGCCGUUCAACAUUGCAUCUUAUGCACUCUUGACGUGCAUGAUUGCUCAUGUUUGUGAUCUUGUCCCUGGGGAGUUCGUACAUGUGAUUGGCGAUGCUCAUGUAUAUGUGACUCAUGUAAGGCCUCUUGAGGAGCAACUUAAGAAAUCACCAAGGCCUUUCCCGAUCUUGAAGAUCAAUCCAGAGAAGAAAGAUAUAGACUCUUUCUCAGCAUCUGACUUCAAGCUAAUAGGCUAUGACCCCGAACAGAAGAUUGAAAUGAAGAUGGCAGUUUAA